CGAAAAAAAAAAAAAAAAAAAAAAACAAGUCGGUCAACUUUGUAGAUAGAAACUAAGCUUUGAGAAGUAAUUCUUAUUUCAGUCUGAUCUCUAGCUUGUGUUUUAAUAUUAAAGGAGUUUUAAAAUUACAUUGUUUUGGAAAAUAAUUAAUGUUUCUUACGUUCAAUUAUAUUUAAUAGCUCGAAAAAUGGCAAAUGAACUAAAAUCUGAUGGACAGGACGAUCUGCCAAUUCGUCGACAUUUGAUCGAUACAGCUGUUGGCUUCCUUUUAAACCCCAAUGUGAAACAAAGACCAGAUGAUGCAAAGAUAACAUUUUUGAAGAAAAAAGGUUUAACAGAUUCAGAAAUAGCUGUGGCUUUCAACAGGAUUAAAUAUGAAGAGGCAACUGAUGCUGUCUCUAACAAAGAUAAUCAAAUUGUUAAUGCAUAUCCAUUGUCUCCAUACCAAUCACCUAGCUCUUUUUGGUUUUAUGUAAGGAGCUAUAGUUCCACAUUUGCUAGUUUUGCAAUUGCUGUCUAUUUAUUGCAUCGCUUUUACAAAGCAUAUAUUGAACCUUUUCUUUUUGGAUCUAAAUCUGAAAAAAGUGAACUUUCUGCCUUAAAGCAGCAAUUAAUAGAAUUGAAUAAUUCUGUUUCUCAGCUUUCUUCUACAGUAGCUUCAUUGGAGUUAUCUCUUAACAAUCAACUAUAUCGAGGUGAUCGAUCUUCUCUAUAUGAUGUAGAAUCAGUUCCGAGAUCUGUGAGAGAUAUUCUAGAAGAAAUUUCAAAUGUGAAAUGUCUUCUACUAAAUAGGUUUAGCUUCCCAGCACCACCUCCCAUAGCAGGAGCUACUAUAGAAAAUAAAACACAAAAUGAAGAUCCUAAAACCCCUUCGAAAGCUGUUACCAUACCAAAAUGGCAGUUACGUGACUCUGAGCAUGGAAAAUCAAAAAUAGAUUCAAAAGAAGUAAUAGAAAAUGAAGACAAAGAGAAAUCCUCUGAACUAACACCUUUGGAAAAUAGCUUAAGCUCAGUAAGAGAUCAAAUACAGGAUCAAGAAGAUAGAUUAACGAUUGCCGAAGGCAAAACACAAGAUGAAGGUUUCAAAACUGCUUCAAUAAAUAAUGUGGAGAGUUUGGAAAAUAAAAAUGGAAACUCUAAAGCAUAUUUAGAAAAUAAGUUAUGUGCAAAAGACAAAAUCCAAGAUGACGAUUCCAAAAUGACUGUAGGAAAUCGUGUAAGAAAUGUAAUAGAGGAAAUACUAAAUAAGGAUUCUGGUGUUGGAGAGGAUGCUGAUAUGUCUGAUUGGGUGUCAACUUAUCAAAGUGAUGGACCAAAUGGCAUAGAUUAUGAAUCUACAACAAAGUCUGAAUAACAUCAAAAAAGUUAUAAAGAUAUUGUUGUAAAGGAAUUGGAAUUACUGAUGUAAUCUAUUUGAAAAUUAUGAAAUGUAAAAUUCUUCUGCUUCAUAAUGGGUGGGGGAACUUCAGUAAUAUAUAAUUUCUCUGGAAAACAAUUAUAUUUAGGUAACUCAAUUUCCUAUAUUUCUGUUGCUUUAUUAGCCAGCUUUUAAAUGAGUUAGUACUGUGCAGAGUUGCACAGAAAAAUAGAUUUGUUAUUUCUGCUACAAUCCUUUACAUCAUUCUAGAGAUCAGAAUGGAAAUUGGUUCAAAAGACCACAACUUCGGGUAAAAAAAUGACUCAAAUUUCUGAAGAUCCAUAUCAUUACUUCAGUUAUGGUACAAAUUUUACUAUAAUUAUGAUACAGAUUACAUAUGCCUAUUAAUAUCCAUGUAAAAGUUCAAAAGAUCAUAAUAUUUAUUAUAUGUUCCUAUGUUAAGCUUAGGGUGAUUUGAAAUAUAUCAUAAUUUGAUAUACAUCAGGUCCAAUAACUACUUUUAUUGGAGAUAGUAUUUUUAUGUCCAAUAAAAGUAGUUUUAAUUAAGAUUCUAAUAUGCUUGAAAAAAAUUGACUUAUAUGAACAAAAUUAGAUUUAAAAAUUGCUAAUCAAUAUAAUGAAGCCAUAUAUUUGAGUUGGAAGUUUAUGGAGAUCUUUCUAUAGCUAUAAAAUGCACAGAAAUGUAUCUUUCCUUAUUGUGAGGCAAUAAUAAAAUGUUAAACUAACAAUUAUUGCAACUUGCUAAUAGAUUUUUUCAAAUAUAGUUA